CGCCACAUCGCCCGGUUUGUACAGCAGCACACAGUCUGGAAGGAAGUGAUGACUGGGAGGCGGAGUUCAAGGCGAAACAGCCAUCUCAACAAACUGUGGACACUGAGACUCCGCCCUGCGCCUGCAGCCGAAUGAAAGCUCACCAAGUCCUCAUAGCAUAUCAUCUACAGGCUACCUGUAGAGAAACACAAGCGCAGCAUAUUAAUGACUGCAGAUCAACAACAUCUUCGCUUUCGGAUGGAUUUCCCUGCAGUGGAUAUCUGUUGAAAGGAGUUUGGAAGUCUGGAGCCACUUUUUUUUUCCAGCUGAGCGUGAAUGCAGCUUUGCGCUACUUUAUUCUUGCGCGGUUUUAACAGAUUGUGAAUGUGUGGUUCUGGAGGACUAACAGACCUCACUAUCUUGUUCAGUUUUUAAAAACAUGGAGUAUUCUGAGGGUUUGAUCUGGAAUUGGGAGCCUUCGAACUACAUGGCCAUGUAGCCCAGAGAUAUGGAUCUGGGGCUGUCGGCCCACGCUGGUUCCUGUGCCUGUGCAAACUGUUGGAAGCAUCAGAGUGGCUGUUGGUGAGGUACCAGGAUGCAAGGAUGCCCAUCACUCAGGACAACGCCCUUAGCAUCCUUCCACUACUGGAAGGCUGGCACGGGGCUCAGGCCACAAGAUCACAGCAGGACCACAACCUGAAUCAGGACAGUUCUGAUUACAAGCAUGUGGACUCCAACCAGAAUGGAGAAGGGGAUAGUGUUUGCAGCAGCAACAGCAGUGUUAACAGUGUUAAUAUGGAGGACAUGUCCCUGUGUCUACCUGCCAUUCAGAAGUUGGUGGAAUAUAUUAAGUUCAACUUCAUGGAGGGUGACACAGCUCCAUCAGCCAACCCCUCUUCCUGCAGGGAGGGGUUGGACGUUGAAGUUCAGGCUGUCUCCCUCAGUAAAGAUGAGGGUGAUAGCGCUGAGUUUGGCCUCAGCUUUGGAAACAUUCCAAUUUUUGGGGAUCCUGAUGGAAGAAAGAAGGGAGGCCCUAGGAGGAGGAGGGAUCAGAGCCCCAUCAUGGAUGUGGGCUGCAUCUGGGUUACCGAGGUGAAGAAGAGGAGCCCAGCAGCCCGCUGUGGGGGGAUCAAACUGAGAGACGAACUGCUGUCACUGAACGGGCAGCUGAUGGUGGGAGUAGAUGUCAGUGGAGCCAGUUACCUGGCUAACCAGUGUUGGAGUGGAGGAUGUAUCUACCUGAUAAUGCUGCGGCGAGUCAAGCGAAUGGCUCCUCCCCGUCCCUGUGAUGUCAAUGGCAGCAUCAGUACCCCUGUUGGCAGAGACGGCUGUGAAGAGCGGCAGCAGGGCAGGGCUGCCUCCGAGUCCUCCAACAGCUCGGCAAACUGCAAACGCACACGCAAGUUUGGUGUCAUAUCGCGGUCAUCUUUUAACCGAGACACCCGGGACAGUACUGACUCAGAACUCCCGAGCUGUUACAACAGCUACGACUCUUCUGUUCCCACUGAGGCAGGGGUCAGUCCUGCAGUAGAUGACUCAGGUUGCAUCCUCUCCACACAUACGCCCACAGAGGAAAGCCCAAAUGCCUUUCCUCAGGGGAGAACUGUUCCCCAGUGUCUACACAGAGGAGGCACCGCCACCCUGCUCACAAGAUGUCACAGUCAGCUUUUAGAAUCCAAAAUUGAUUCUUUCAGCAGUGAACCUUCAAACCAGCACAGAGAGGGCAACCACAUCUGGAAGAUGCAUAUGGUGAAGGGUCAGGAGGGCCUAGGCCUACAGAUAACAGGGGGGCGUGGCUCCAAGCGCUCUCCUCACGGCAUCAUUAUAGCGCAUGUAGAAGAGGGGGGUGCUAUUCACAGGGACGGUCGUCUACACGCUGGUGACGAGCUGCUGAUGAUUAAUGGUCAGUCUCUGGUGGGUCUCACUCAUCAGGAGGCUGUUGCUAUCCUCCGCUCCACUUCUGGUCUCAUCCAGCUGGUGGUGGCCAGCAGGGAGGAGUCAUAUGUGGUUUUGGAGCGCUUCCCUUCUACCAGUCUGCCAGACCUAGUCAGCACCUGCAAUUCCUCGUCCUCCCUCUCUCAGACUGCUCCCCUCUGCUCAUCCCAGACCUCCAACUGCAGCACCAGUACCAACCCCUAUGCGUUGACUAACCUGGAUAAACUAGAAAAACAAAGUCAGGGGGGGGGGCCCAAAGGAUCAUGCUGCAGCCCCACACCCACCAAGCUCUGCAGCCGAAACCAGGGGGGGAGCAGUCGUCUGGAGUCAGUGGGUGAGGAUGAUGAGCUAUUUGUGGAGAACGAUGUGAGCAGCUGUGAAGUGGCGGAGAAGCCUCCACCUGGCCUACGUAAACACUCCUUACCUCAACAGCUAGAUACUGCUGGGGUGAGACAGGAAUAUCAGAUAAUUAAGAAAUCAGCCCGCUCCCUGAGCACCGUUCAAGUGGAGUCUCCAUGGCGACUGGCACAGCCGUCCAUUAUCUCCAGUAUAGUGCUGAUGAAAGGCCAGGGCAAGGGCCUGGGAUUUAGUAUUGUUGGUGGACAGGACUCAGCACGUGGUCAAAUGGGGAUUUUUGUCAAAACUAUUUUCCCUCAUGGAGCUGCAGCAGCUGAUGGACGACUGAAAGAGGGAGAUGAGAUUCUGGAAGUGAAUGGGGAGUCUCUCCAAGGUCUCACACACCAACAGGCCAUCCAGACCUUCAAGCAACUGAAAAAAGGCGUAGUGACACUGACGAUUCGAACUCGUCUGCGUAGUCCCAGCCUGACACCCUGUCCAACCCCCACCCUCCUCAGCCGCUCCAGCUCACCCAACUCCAAUACCAGUGGGAUGACACCUAUCCCCUCUGGGUUUGAAGAGGCUGAUGGCCGCAGGGGCCCUGGUCCUGGUCCAAAAGACUGCAUCAUCAUGGAGGUCAUGCUUAAUAAAGAGCCCGGUGUAGGUCUUGGGAUUGGAGUUUGCUUCUUGACCCUUGAGAACUCUGCUCCUGGCAUCUACAUUCAUAGCCUGGCACUGGGAUCUGUUGCGAAGAUGGAUGGCAGGCUCAGUCGUGGAGAUCAGAUACUGGAGGUGGACUCGGUCAGUCUUCGCCAUGCUGCUCUCAGCGAGGCCUAUGCCAUCCUCAGUGAAUGCGGCCCAGGACCAGUCAGUCUCAUUAUAAGCAGGCACCCCAACCCCAAGGUAUCAGAACAGGAGAUGGAUCACAUUAUAGCCCGAUCCACACACAGGGACAAAAUGAGCAAAAACCGACACUCAACUCACUCCCAAGGUGUGUCCUGUAAGAGUCCCUACCCAACAGUGAAAGACAGACAGGGAGAUGGAUCCCCUGCUCUCAGCUGGACCAUGAAGAGAUUCCUUGAGCCUGCCAGUAGACAGGGGUCCCUGAGCUCAGAGACAGAGUUAUCUCAGUACUUCUCCCAGGACGUUUCCAGCCAUUCGUUCCUGUCUGAGUCCAUGCUGAUGGUCUCCGACAGUGAUGAGGCGCUCCACCAGCAGAGCUGCAGCACCUCCACGGAUGACAACUCAUCACAGCCACAUGCAUUCCCCCUUUCUUUACCAGAAGUGGAGAGUGGCCCUGUGUACAACACGUCACAAGAGAAGACCCCUGUCCCUCUCAAUCACCACGUAGAGGCAGUGUGCCAGCCCACUGCUGUCUCCAGCCCCACCUUAGCGCGAAGCCCACUUCUCCGUCAGCGACGGAUGAUUUGCUUUGAGGAUGAGCUCAGUGAUUAUGAAUACUCCACAAAUGCUGGAAGCUCUGGGCUAUUCCACAGGUCAACAAAAUCUGACUCUGUGAACUCCAGUGAUGCCCAAGCAUCCCAAAUCUCCAAAACUGAUUCAACAGUUGUAAUUGCUACAUCAUCAUUAGAUGUAGAUGGAGACAGUGAAGAUGGUGGGGACUUGCAGAAGUGUGAAAGCAAUGAUGUGACACCACCACUUUAUGGUAGUUUAUCACAGUGCGAGGAAGGUAUCACAAGUAAGUCGGAGUCACAUGGUUCUGAGUCACCCUUCAUGCCUAUUCGUUGCCUUUUUGACCACAAAGCAGGGGUCACAAGCAGUAUGGGUUCUGGGUCCAAUAAUUUGACCAUCAAUAGUGAAAUCUAUACAAAUCAAGAUGAUGGUCAGUUGGAGUCAAAGCGCUCCCCUAAGCUUGAGCAUAAAGCAGUGACGCGGGUCAAAAGUAUGAUGAGCACUGAAGCACCCAUCCUACCCCAGCAGCAAAAGUCCAAAAUUGAUGAACCAUCUCAUGGCUUGGUCCGAAUUCAGCCCCCAUCCCAGGCCACGCUGUGUGGAAGAAACCCCAGGAUUGCUGGUGGGAUGUUAACCCAUCAGCACUGUCCGAAAGGAGAUGCAAGUGAGCUUGUGGGUGUUUGUACCACCGACUCUGUGAACCUGUGGAGAAGAGAGGAUGAGUCCUUUGGGCUUGACCUGGAGAUCAUGUCACCCCCUCUGAAAGUUUUCAUCGCGGGAUUAAAGCCUGGAGGCGCAGCAGAAAGGGAAUCUUCAGGCAAGUUGUGUCCUGGAGAUGAGAUUGUGAAAAUUGGAGAAAAUCUGGUGUGCUCCUCUAGCUACCAAGAAAUCUGGGAGCUCAUGCUUAACCUUCCCAUGACACUGUCAUUGGAAGUUAAGAGACCAGUUUCAGCUGUAGAUCGACUGUCCAGUUUGACAGUUUCCAGCAGCCUGAACACAGCCAGAUAUGUUCAAGGAACAUCUGAUGAAGUAAUAAAUGCGAUUUCAUGGCAUUCUAACCACACAGCCCAAACAGACCAUGACUUUCAAAUACCCAUUACCAAUAUAGAUGACAUUUUAUCAGAAGGGAGCCUCUGCCUUGGUAAAGAUAUACACAUCAAAUCCCUCUACAAAACAUCAUCUAACGAGUCAGUAUCCUGCUGUUCAAGCCAACAAACUGUAACCAUGUCUGAGAAAGCUAGCAUUCUGGUUCCAAUACAGUCCAGUCCCCUGGACUGUUCCAUCUUGCAAUCUGGAAAUGAAAAAUGUGCUGUCCUCCCUGUGGAGACAACCCAUGUGAACCAAUUAAAGGAAAACAGCUCUUCUGUUUUCAAUGGAUCCAUUCCGCAAAGCCCUAAGACUGCUUCUAAAUGUAUGUACCCCACAGGAGAUGACAGUGAUUCAAGCAGUGACUCCAUGACUGAAAGCAGUGUGAUGGUCAAUAAGAUGGCCGGCAGUGAUAGUCUUCAUGAGCCCUCUUCAGAUGAGGGAGAUGUGGAGAUUUGUUCUUGUGUUGCCCAGCAACCUGCUGCUGGUGGACUCUCUGAUUUAAACCAGUCACCAAAUGGGCCUUCACAUUUUCAACAUGCCAGCAGUCAAAAUACAAACCUGGACCAGACUUUUGAUGAGUUGCAUGUCUUCUCUGAUGUCACACUGACAAAAAAUGAAAACACUGUUGCAACAACCCAAUGCUCACAGCUCUGUCAGUUAUCAGGGGUCUUUUCUACAGAGCAACCAGGCCAGUCUUCGUACGGCACAAAACCUGUGUAUUCUAUAGAGUACCACAUUCAAAGUGUUAUUCCAUCCUUUGACAAAGUUAAAGCAUGUGUGCCAUCCAGUCCUGGACGCCUAAGCAUUUACAGCAGUCCUUCCCCACCAGAUACCCACAGUGUCACUCAGGAUUCCACUGCAAAUUUGCAUUUAGAUGCCUCACUGACCUCAGAUUUAUCAAAACAUUUGAAUACACAAACACCCCAUUCACUAUCAGUGGAAUCAAAGAUCUCAGGUUCUAGCCUCUGCACAUCGGAUACAGUGUCAGCCUCAAUUAUAAACAAAGAAAGGGUUUUAGAGUGCAGAACUCAUUCAAAUCCCCAUGCUACCUCCUUGCUUAAGAAGUCCUCUGGACUAAAAGUCGGUGAUUAUUCAGACUGUCCUAAACUUCAAAGCAGACCAAACACUACUGCUCCCAGACUGAAGGGCCUAAGUAUUAAGAGUAAGAACAAACCACAGGAAGAGCCUCUCCAAACACCUACCAGGAGUGAAAGUCCAGUUCCUUCAAACACCAAUGCUUCCAUGGAACAGUCAACAAAAUCACCACCAACUGCAACCAUGUCACGCUUUUUGAAGACCAAUAACCAGCCUGAUAUGAAAAGAAGUCAUGCUUUGCCCAAAGUAAGUGACAGAAGGCAAGUUACCAGUGAGCAUGGACCAUCAGGAGACACAUUACAGACUGCACAACUGGCCCUGGAGAAAGAUAUUCAUUUAGGCACCAUAACACGCCGAUCACACCAACCUGCCACUCAGAGAACAUUUAUAGAAGUUCAGCUGUCUUCUUUAUCUGGUUCAUCAUCACUAGUUAAAGCACAGAAUAAAAAAGUUAAUUCAAAAGACUCUAAACCCACUAAAAGAGGCAAAGAUGCAGGAUUAGUGCCUACUCUUUCUUCUGACUCCACAGUAGAAAAAACUAAUGGCAUGGCUAGUAACACAGUAUUUAGUUUGAUAGGUUCUACUAAAGAAACUCAUUCAGCCAUUAGUAAUGGCUCAAAACCCAGUACUAUUGUAGAGACACGUGAGACCCUAAAGUCCAGCACAUCCAGAUCACACAUAAAGACAAUGGAAAGGCGAAGCUUCUCCACAGACACUGCCUUGUCUACUAACUACAAUCCCUUCUCUGUCCGGCAUAAGAUAAAGUCAUUUGAAAACCUGGCUAACUUUGACAAGCCUGUGGCUAAAAGCAGUGACAUUCAGUCCUAUGCUCUGGCAUAUAGAGCAUCUCUUAACCAAAGGAUAGCUGGUUAUAUGGGCUUGGUUAAUUCUGUUGACUGCCAGGCACGACAAAAGAGUUUUAGUUCUUAUGUGGAGAAUCUAAUCCCUACCACACCCUGUUCACCUCGUCUUGGCAAAUCUCCAUCUAGCAUAGCACUGAUAAACCUUGAGCUUCCACAUUCAAGUUGUAACAGGACUCCUCUGACUGAGGACAGUCCUGUGGCUGAAGUUGAAAAAGCCCCAGAUGUGUUCUCACCACAGACCCCUCAGGUGCUGCGGAGGAAACACAGCAAACUUCCCCGCAGCAGGUUGCGACAGCUCAGGGCUCUCAGUAUGCCUGAAUUGGAAAAACUAUGCACAGACGAUUUUACCACAGGGCAUGGUACAGCCGCAGAUAAAACUGAGCCUGGCAUCCAUCCCACUAUACACUAUACUAAAACCGCGGUCACUGAGAGCUUUCCACCUUCUGCGACCCUGACUAAAGUGGAUGUGAACCAAGGUGAUCUUGGGUCCACUGAAGAGACUUCUCAAGGAACCCCAGAGACCCAUGAACAACAGGCUGGCUGGUCUAUCAGUUUAAAUGAGCUGGCCACUUCUCCUGUGAGUCAGUGCAAACUGCAAACACUGCUGUCCUCCCUGACCACUAAAUCACAUGUGUUGGCACAGCUUCAGGAGGACAAGGCACUUUCAGAGGUUAACAAUAAUACUCGCCUUGUUGUCCUGAGUAAAGAAGAAGGCUCAGGACUUGGUUUUAGUAUUGCUGGCGGAGUUGACCUUGAGCAGAAGGCAAUAACAGUUCAUCGAGUCUUCACCAAAGGUGCAGCUAGCCUGGAAGGCACAAUCCAGAGAGGUGACAGCAUUUUAUGCAUAAAUGGCAUAAGUCUGGAGGGUAAAACCCACGGAGAGGCUGUGUCUUGCCUUCACCAAGCCAGGCUGUCUAAUCAGGCCUUAGUAGUCAUUUGGAGAGACAAGGACAGUGAACUGAGUGUCUCUGACAGACAUGACCCGGCUACUCAGCCAGAGAGGAUGUGUUUUGCCAGGAACAAGUCUUUGAAGGCUGCAUCAGUGGUGGAUGUGUAUCCAGACGGUGCUUUAACAGUGGAGCUUCACAAGUCCUCGGCUGGCCUAGGCUUCAGUCUGGAGGGAGGAAAGUCCUUGAGCCACGGAGACAGGCCUCUCAUUGUCAAACGCAUCUUUAAAGGAGGUGCUGCAGAGCUGUCAGGGCUUAUUGAAGUUGGCGAUGAGGUCCUGUCUAUCAAUGGCUUUUCUCUGGAGGGCCUCAUGCACCAUGAUGCCUGGAAAAUCAUUAAAGCCACUAACGAAGGGCCCAACCACCUCCUCAUCCGGAAGCCCAGUACCUGACUGUAGUGAAUGAGGAAACACUUUUUCUAUAUUUUCUGAUGGGAGAUUUUGUGUUUUGUCUUGUUACAUGUGUUUGUGCUUAUAAAUAGGUCAAAUUGGAUGGACCACUAACUAUUGUGAUAUACAAUGUAGGGCUGCAACUAAUGAUUAUUUUUUAUUAUUGAUUAAUCUGUCGAUCAUUUUCUUGAUUGAUUAGUUGUUUGGUCCAUCAAAUGUCAGAAAAUUGUAAAGAAAUGUCCAAGGUGAUAUUCAGUUUGCUGUCGGACUAAAGAAGCCAGAAGAUAUUCACAUUUCAGCUGAAAUCAGAGAAUUCUGAAAUUCUUUCUUAAAAAAUUACUCAAAACGAUUAUUUGAUUAUGAAAAUAGCUACCGAUUAAUUUAAUAGUUGAGAAAUAAUUGAUUAAUUGAUAAACUGUUGCAGUUCUAAUAUAAUGCUGAAUUUUGAUACAUUUCACAUGGGAAGUGCAGUUUGUUUGCAUACUAAGAAGACAAUAUGGUUGUCAUUUUUUUAAAAAUAAAGUCAGUUUGUGAAAAGA